AAAGGAAUGGCUGCCUUUAGGACCUACUUCUCGCCAUGACACCCAUGCGCUGGAGGGGCCUCUCAGUCAUUCUAAAACCUCCACGCCCUACAUAUCAGUCUCAGUCUCUCCAAUUUCGACGCACUAUGACACAUGAUUGCAAAGUGGCUGUGUUGUAUCAAGCUUGCGAGGUUCCCAUCAUCAAUGGGGUUCAGAAACCGAAAAAGCCAGGUGGAUAUCAAGAUUCCGGUGCUGAUAUAGCCUACGUAUUGAGGCAAGCUGGUGUACAAGUAGCCACCCCCAAUCAUUCUCCAGACCCCAAGCAGGAUCAUGGCUGGUGCUAUCCGGAUACUGAAGCUGGUAUUCUCCAUGCCAUUGAAGAUGGUGCAACAGUCCUCUGGGCCAACACCAUUCUGUUCGCUUCACACCCUUUACAGACCUCGUCCAUCCUGAAUGAACAUGCGUCACGCCUUCGAGUUGUCGGUCAACCUCCAAAACUCGUCGAGCACUUUGAUGAUAAGAACCACGUCAACGAGCUCCUACGAACCAAGGGCCGCUUCACCCUACCAAGAUGCUGGAUUAUUGAGUCCAACGACAGUCCCCUUAAUAUGAAGAAUCUGCCCUAUCCUAUCGUUGGCAAACCUAUUCGUGGCCGGGGAAGCCACGGUGUCAAGGUUUGCCGAAGCGAAGCCGAGCUCAAAAACCACAUCUCGUCCCUCUUGAAAGAAAGUCCGAAAAUCAUGCUCGAGCAAUUUCUCGAUGGUCAGGAAGGUACUGUGACCGUCAUGCCCCCGACCCAAGAACAGAGUUACUACCAUUCGUUGCCAUUUGUUGAACGUUUUAAUCACCAGGACGGCAUAGCGCCGUACAGCGGGGUUGUUGCCGUGACUGCCAAUUCACGAGUGCUAUCAUCAGACGAAAUGUCGUUGGAUCCCACAUAUGCUCAGAUUAUGGAAGAAUGUGAGGAGAUUGCUAGUUGCCUGCAUGUGACAGCACCAAUCAGAGUGGAUGUCAGAAGACUCGAAAAUCUCCCCAAGAGUAGGUUUGCCGCAUUUGAUAUCAACAUGAAAUCGGUAAGCCGAAGCUGGUGCUCAUAUUUGUAUUUUACUACUCACCACGGGCACCAGAAUAUGACAGGUCCAGGCAGACCCGGCCGAGAAAAUCAGGCAAGCUUGACAGCACUGGCCGCCUCGGGUCUGAGUUGGGAUUAUCCCGCCUUGUUGACGAGGGUGCUGGCGACCGCAAACACGUUACAAAGCCUCCGUGAUAUCUCCAUCUAAACCAGGGAACAAAGUCUCUCAUUCAUUCAACCUCAGGUGCUUGAAGACCACAGCUCAUCAUCACCGAUGCGGAACGGACUCUUUUUGCCCGCGACUGACAUCCCCCACGACUUUGGCCUUGUCGUUUCCCUUCCCAGCCUUGGAAUAGCGAUGGGCGGCAAAUCCAGCCAAGUCAUUGGCAUAUCCGGCGAUCCAGACGAUAGUCAGGAUGAGAGCAAAUAACGUGACCAAAGAGGUCAGUGUCAGGAAAACGCCCCAAAAUGUUGGGAGCCUUGCGGCGAAUAUCGAUGUUGCAGCAGGUGUUGGUGUUAUAGAGUCGGACAGCAGACGUUGACUAGCCAUUGAGGCGACAGUGUUUGGUAUGGUCACCAAUGACAACGAAGUCGAUGAUUAUGAUGAUAAUGGUGAUUCGAUUGUAGUUGCCAAAGAAGGUUAUAGUCAACCUUACUGAGUAAGGAUGGUGAAGACUGGUAAUUAUUUUCGAGAUGGAUGGAAACCAAAAGUACCAUCGCAGAUGUCAGGUCUCUGCACUUCUAGCCAGUCACAAUAUAUAUCUACAGCUUCGAAGUA